CCUCCCCCAGGCGCGCGCACAGAUCCCCCCCACCAGCCCCGAGGAUGCUCGCACUUGAAUCAGCACAGUUCGAUGGGUCCCACUACGGCUACACGUACCCCGAAGGCAGCUUGUAUGACCUGGAUUCCUGCAAACAGACCCCCAGCUUCCCCCACUACCUGAUCGACGCCGAGGGCCCCACAGAUCCUGUUGUGAACUGGCUGGAGCUACAGGAUCUUGGCUACGAGGCCUUCGAUUCGGGGCAGCUGGCCCCACUGCAGAACGUCCAGGUCUCCUACACGCAUGGCCUCUACCCGCAGCUCUCGCUGGAGGCCGUCUACAGCCUGGAGGGGGCGUCACCGGGGCAGAGCCACCUCCCAGCGGACAACUACAGUGCCCAGCCCUGUGCCCCCUACGGGGCCUGCCCCCCGUCCGGCGCCCUGGCCAGCCCCCCGGUCUCUGAGGAUGAGGAGUUCCCCCUGGAGAACCCGGCCCUGGAGGUGUCCGACAGCGACUCAGACGAGAACCUCUCGGCAGAGGGGUCGCCCGGCUACGAGGCGGGCUCCCGGCGGAAGCUGCGGCUCUACCAGUUCCUGCUGGACCUGCUGCGGCGUGGCGCCAUGCGGGAGUGCGUGUGGUGGGUGGAGCGCGAGGCCGGCGUCUUCCAGUUCUCCUCCAAGCACAAGGAGCUGCUGGCCCAUCGCUGGGGGCAGCAGAAGGGGAACCGCAAGGCCAUGACCUACCAGAAGAUGGCCCGGGCCCUGCGCAACUACGGCAAGACGGGCGAGAUCCGCAAGGUCAAGAAGAAGUUAACCUACCAGUUCGGCCAGGCCCUGCUGGGGCAGCCGGGCGCCAAUGCCCCCUUGUAGGGCCCCGGGCAGCGGGACUGGACAGUGCACUGAGCUGCCCUGGGGGGGGCGCUGGGACCGGACCGCCCCCCCCCACCCCCAAAGCCGCCCCACAGAGCUCUCCCCAGGAGCCAGGAUGCCUGGGUUCCAUCUCCGGCUCCAGGAGGGCA